AAUUACAAUUACGACAAUUAAUUAAGAAUGAUUACAUUCUGAAAACUACUCAUCAGCAAGAAAAGGGCCAAUUAACAACUCAAUUUCAGCAAGCCAAAAAUAAUUGGGAACAAGAAAAAAAGGAACUCCAAAAAGCCCGAGCCCAAGAUUUAAUUGAUAGAUUACAAAAAGAUUUAGGGAUUAAUUUUUUAUUGGAUUAUCAGA